GUUGAACCAAGAAGAUGUUCGUGGAGGGGUUCAAGGUGGAGAGCCCGCAUGUGCGGUACGGCGCCGGCGAGAUCGAGUCCGAGUACCGCUACGACACCACGGAGGUCGCGCCGUCGCCCGAGGGGACGGGCUGGGUGGUGCGCCCCAAGUCAGUCACCUACAACUUCAAGACCAGCACCGCCGUCCCCAAGCUCGGGGUGAUGCUUGUUGGAUGGGGCGGCAACAACGGCACCACUCUCACAGCCGGGGUCAUCGCCAACAGAUUGGCCAUUUCAUGGGCGACCAAGGAGAAGGUGCAGAAGGCCAACUAUUUCGGCUCUCUAACCCAGGCUUCAGCCAUCAGAGUUGGCAGCUACAAUGGAGAGGAGAUCUACGCACCUUUCAAGAGCCUUGUACCCAUGGUGAAUCCGAACGACAUUGUGUUUGGUGGAUGGGACAUCAGCAGCUUGAACUUGGCCGACGCCAUGGGUAGGGCCAAGGUGUUGGACAUUGACCUGCAGAAACAGUUGAGGGUCUACAUGGAGUCCAUGGUGCCCCUCCCCGGCAUCUACAACCCGGACUUCAUCGCCGCCAACCAGGGCUCUCGCGCUAACAAUGUCAUCAAAGGCACCAAGAAGGAGCAGGUUGAGCAGAUCAUCAAGGAUAUCAGGGAGUUCAAGGAGAAGAACAAGGUGGACAAAGUGGUCGUGCUGUGGACGGCCAACACCGAGCGGUAUAGUGACGUCGUCGUCGGGCUCAACGACACCAUGGACAACCUCUUGGCUUCUCUGGACAAGAACAUGGCCGAGAUCUCACCGUCAUCGAUGUACGCAAUAGCCUGCGUCACAGAGGGGAUACCAUUCAUCAAUGGGAGCCCCCAGAAUACCUUCGUUCCGGGGUUGAUUGAGCUCGCCAUCAAGAAGAACUCGUUGAUUGGUGGUGAUGACUUCAAGAGUGGGCAAACCAAGAUGAAGUCUGUCCUGGUUGACUUCCUUGUCGGUGCUGGAAUCAAGCCCACCUCAAUUGCCAGCUACAACCAUCUGGGCAACAACGAUGGCAUGAACCUCUCGGCUCCACAGGUAUUCCGGUCCAAGGAGAUCUCAAAGAGCGGCGUGGUGGAUGACAUGGUGGCCAGCAACGGCAUCCUCUACAACCCCGGGGAGCACCCGGACCACGUCAUUGUCAUCAAGUAUGUGCCGUAUGUUGGCGACAGCAAGAGGGCCAUGGACGAGUACACCUCCGAGAUCUUCAUGGGUGGGAGGAACACCAUCGUGCUGCACAACACCUGCGAGGACUCACUCCUCGCCGCGCCCAUCAUCCUAGACCUCGUGCUCCUAGCCGAGCUCAGCACCAGGAUCCAGCUCAAAGCCCAAGGCCAGGAAAAGUUCCACUCAUUCCACCCGGUGGCCACCAUCUUGAGCUACCUCAGCAAGGCCCCUCUUGUUCCCCCAGGGACACCAGUGGUGAAUGCACUGGCCAAGCAGAGGGCCAUGCUGGAGAACAUCCUGAGGGCCUGUGUUGGGCUGGCCCCUGAGAACAACAUGAUGCUUGAGCACAAGUGACAUUGCCCAGCAAAAUUCUCUCGUCACAAGGGAAAGGAGAACAAGUAUCACCACAUCAAGGAAUAACUAGAGGCCAGUGGAAGGAGAGAUCAGGUCAAACAUGGUGUCAAGUCACUUGGACCCUCUUGGGGCUUUAAGUUCAUUAGUUAGUUUGCCCUCCGCUCCCUGUGUUUUCACAGCUGUUUAGGAAAUUUUUGGUGAUGGGACUGGUCAUGUAUGAUAGGGUCGAAGGAAUUAGUCAUCGUCUUUAGUUACAUUUGCUUAUUAUGGAGCUGGUAGAAGUGGUCAGCCUAAUAUUUGGAACUUUUAAUCAAAGAACGGCUUGCUCCUUGUUUGGAUCAUGCUUUGCCCUAUCCUUUUCACUGCUCGGCGAGAACUCCUUUUUCUGGCUUCAGGGCA